CACACACACACACAGCUCCACGGCUCGGCUCCACCUCGCUCGGCGGGUGUGUGAAGAAGAUCCAGCCCGUUAUUUCAAGGUUAUCUCCUGCACGAACCUCACUUCGCGGAUCCUAUGGGAAUUCUGAUAACCGCAGUUUUUCUUUGGGCUGCCGUCGGAGUGGGAAGCCGGCCGGUGUCCUCCCCCCUGAAUGAUGCAAAGGUUGAAUGUAUUAUUCAGGAGACGCUGAACGACGACGGCUCGCAGCACGCGUGUGGCCCCCAGCUAGCAGUGUUGUGUGGGAUUAUUCCUGCAGAGGAACUUGAUGAAGUGCAAAGGCAUCAGGGUCUGCUCGGGGAGCUGCAGAGACUCGCUGAUGAUGAGAGAGACACGGAGCGAGACCACGGGAAGGAGCGCUAUGAGUACAACCUGGCUGACGAUGAGAGCGACUUCGAGCAGGGGGAUGAGGAGACGAAGGAGGAGAGAGACGUGACCGACCUUCCAAAAGAGACGGAGGCAAAGAAAGACGACUUUAAAGAGGAAGACGACACCAAGGAGAAGAUGAUGGAGGAGCCACGGAUCGAACACAGAGGGAGGGACACGGAAGAGGAGCGAGCCAAGGAGCUUGAGGAGCUGCUCGCUGAAGAGAUCACCAAGAAAGGGAAGGACGAGAGGAACGACGAAGAGCUCAAAGAACUGCUGAAGGAGCUGAAGAAGAAACGCUACGAGGCGGUGAAGGAGAGGGAGAUCCAGAAAGGCUCUGGAGCAGAGCAGGAGGAAGAGGCGGAGGAGAAGGAGGAGAAGGAGGAGAAAGAGGAGAAAGAGAAGGGGGAAGAAACAGCGGAGGACUUGGAGAAGCGGAGGAUCGAGGAUAGGAGGAAGAACGAGGUGGAGCUGAUGGUGGAGAGGGAGAAGGUGGAGAAGGAGCUGAAGGAGCUGCUCAGAGAGAAGGAGAGCAAGAGCAAGAUGGAGCAGGAGAAGGAGAGGAAGGAGAAGCAGGAGGAGCUGGACGAGCUCGUCAGGAAGAUGAAGCGGGUGCAGGAGGAGGAUGAGCAGGAGACGCUGGGCGGGAAGAAAGGGGACGGAGUGGACGAGAGGGCGGCAGAGGAGAAGAGCGAGAAGAAGGAGGGCGAAGACGAUAAGGAGCCUGGGGAGAAAACAGAGAAUGAAGUGAAGAAGAAGGAGGAGGCGGCGGAGCUGAAGGAGCCGCAGCAGAAGAGAGUGAUGGAGAAAGCCAGCGACGAAGCCACGAAGCAGUUUGAGCGGGAGAGGUACAAGGGUGAAGAAGAGGAGGAGGAGGAUGAGGACGAGGGAGAUGAGGAUGAAUAUGUCCGAGAGGAUGACGAGGGGCAGGAGGAGGAAGACGAUGAGGAUGGUGAUGUCGAGGAAGAUGAAGGAGAGGAGCUGCUGGAGAUUGAAGCAGAGUUGCGCAAAGUCGCUAAAGAGCUGAGGGAGCUUCGCAGAGGAUAAGACACAAAUACACACACACACACACACACACACACACACACACACACGCAACCCCUUUGUUGCAUUCACAGUCACACAUUCAGCUCACACAUUUUGCAGCCUUCGAAUCCCCACAGCACUCAGAGAAACGUCUGCAGAUGUGAGUCUGUAAAUGGACGUUAGUAGAAACUGAACUGUUGUUUUUCAUUUCUGCUUUUAGAUCGCCUGCAAAAGGCUUUCACCGUUUUGUUGACGCGUCUGAGUGUCGAUGAAAAAGAGACUUUUCUAACUAAUCCAAACUAUAUUUGCGUCCGCCUCCACUCGUGUCCCUGCCUCCGUACCUGUAAACGCUGUUUGUAAGGUAGACAGGUGAUUUCAGUUGUAAACCGCCAUGGAUGCAAAGCAUUUAGCACUUUUAUUCAUAUGUUAUUAUUGACUGCAGAUUGCCAACCACGUAAACAACAUACUCUUUGAAAUCUGAGUCAUGAGCACUGACUGAAUCAUCCUCACUGGUGUGUGGUGGGGAAACAGAAUCCCUACUAUAAGUAAAAUGUGUAUUUAAAUAUAUAUUUUGUGCAAUAACUGAUGUUUAAGCUGUUCUGACUGUUAAGGAUAUGUAUUACUGAUAUUUCUACACAGUCGUUAUCUCCUAGAAACAGGGAUUGUGUUUCAUUUGGCUCUCGCACUGUUAAAAACCAGACUGUUUGUGACGAACAGGAAGCAGAUCAGCGUAGAAGUUCUGACGUGUGUGUGUGUCAGAUGUUUAGUUUUUCUUGAGCGUGGUGUGUGUUUGGCUACAGGAUGUGAGGAGCUUACAAGGUCUAAAAGUGUCACUUCAGGUUCUCAGCCAGCUUUGCACUCUUAUCUUAACAAGCCAAGGAGGAGUCGAGGGAAGAUGGAGUCACUAAAGCCAUUUUGUUGUCUCAGUAACAGCAGCACAGACAAUAACAUUGAUGCACGCUCAGUAGUGUUACGUCGCAGUUUCCGUGGCUGUCAUGUCCUUUGUGUAAAUAUCAGAUAUCAUGGUCUGUAAGCCAAGGUCAUAGGAAAUAUGAAGCUACAGCGCCCCCAAGAGGACACUGGGUAGAAGUGCACACAGGGCAGGAUUAACUGGGUUGCUUACUGCAAUAACACAAUAUAGACAACAGCACAUGUGAAUGCAAUAAUUAGCCAAAUAACGAAUAAUUUCAUGUCUUUUAAUAUGUUAUCAAAGUGCAUCAUAGCGUACUCGUAUAGCAGAUAUAAUCUCUUUUUCUACACAGCCAAGAUUUACAGUACAUUUAUGUAUUUGAACAGUAGCCGGGCGGUGAACUUGUGUAAACACGUAGAGAUAUAACACGAUCAGUCAACACUGACGGGCUCCUUACUGUUCCAAAGAGGAGGUGGAAAAUUAAUGUACCGUUUUCUUUUUUCUAUAUUAGAGCAAAACAUGUUUCCACAACAUGUAUCUUACAAACCAGCAAGAGAGAUGUAGGAUAUGUGUGUGUUUCCAACAACAGGGGAGAACUAAAACGAGAACAAAGACACCAUUUGUAAUAUUACUGGCCAAUCAGAGUGCUGUAUUCUGUGCCUGCUGUAUCUUCUUCUAUGCUACCUGUCAAUCAAUAAACGGAAAGUGUAUUAAA